UUUACUAAGUCUACGACCCUCACAGUGCAACUGCACUGAGACAAACAACGCUUGGUAUUUACUGCGAAGAGCAAGAUAUUUUCUAUAAUGCCAGCGGUUCACAGGAUCCGCAAGAUGAGAUAUCACCCUGGCUGGACUGGCACUCCAAAGGCUGAGAAAGCCAAAAAGAAUGCCAAGGACAGGAGGGAUAAAGAAAAUGAUGGUCUUGAGAAGUUGAAAAAAGUGUUGCCCCUUUCCAGCAAUGUAAUAUCCACACUAGAUAAGCUCUCCACCAUGCGUCUGUCAGUAGCAUACUUAUGGUUGAAGAAAAAAUUGGAGGAGGAAAAAGAGAGUGCUUGUCUAGAUGCCAAUGGAAAUACGUGUAGCACAUCUGAGCAGUCCAAUGACCUUGCCUCCAGAAUGCUGCAAGGACAUGAGCUGUUGAAAUGUUUUGACUCUUUCUUGAUUUAUGUGCACAAGAAUGGGCAGAUAGCUUACGUGUCUGAACAGGUGGAGGAUUAUCUGGGUUUCAAACAGACAGCAAUGAUAGGGAAACAUAUUUUUGAGUUUGUGUUGGAACAAGACCAUAGAGAGCUGAGGAAACAAUUUAUUGUGAAGCCAUACAAAAAGACCGAAAACAAUGGCACAACUAUCACAACAUACUGCCAAAACCGAGAAUUCUGUGUACAUAUGAACUGCCAAAUAAUAGAUAAGGAAAAGAAUAGCAAGUCAAGAGGUCAACUGAUGGUACAGUGGACAGGCCGCUUGAAAAUUAAGAAUUCCUUGAAACCAGCUGGAUUAAUAUGCAUGUGCCGUCCAAUAUAUGGAGAUCCAAUGAUGGAAAUCCGGACUCAAGGAAAUGCUUUCUCAUCUCAUCACAGUCUUGAUCUCAAAUACGUAGAUGUAGAUCCAAGAAGGGGGAGCCCUUUUUGUGUUGUUUGGGUGNAAGCCCUUUUUGUGUUGUUUGGGUGCACCCUGAUCCAGGUGUCUGCAUUGGGUAGUGAAGCUAUUUCUGUUACUUCUUUGGCAAAGAGAAAAUAUAAAGAGAUUAGGUCCUCCCCCUUGCAGAAGAUGACACACAAGGGGAAAGAGGGCAAGCACACCAUCUCUGCCAUGGAGUUGAAUGAAUAA